AUGCUGGUCAUUAACUUGCGUAUUGGGGCCGCAGCAGACUGCUGCUGUGGCAACAGCAGCAGCCUGCUGCUGCCUGAUUCAGUCAAGCCAGCGGUGCAGCGAGGCGUGCAGAAUUCGCGCGGUUUGGUACCUCCUGAGGCUGUGCUUGGCGCCGCCUUUGUCUUUACUGGCCGCGACCUGCCCGACGGCAACUACAGGGAGCUCGAGAGCUCGGGCGCGAAGCAGAAGACCGACUCAAAGGUGGUCGUCGUCACUGGGAUCACCAACGUCAACGCCUGGAUCCUGACAAUCACCUACGGCUUCUGCUUUGGUGUCGAGCUCACGAUGAACAACGUGGCCAACGGCUUCUUCGCAAAGUACCAGGGCGUGACGCCGCAGCUCGCCGGUAUCGCCGCCUCCAUGUUCGGCCUGAUGAACCUCUUCGCGCGCUCGCUCGGCGGCCUUCUCUCGGACUACUGCAACACGCGCUGGGGCAUGCGCGGCCGCCUCUGGUCCUGCUGGAUUAUCCAGACGUGCGAGGGCAUCAUGUGCCUCGUGCUGGGCUCGCUCACCACCAGCCUCGACGCGCCCUACCCGACCACCAUGACACAAGUCCCCGCCUUUGUUAACCUACCAGCAGAGUCGUGGCGAGUGGCGAUCGGCGCGCCGUACGGGUGGACGCCGCUCAACGGCAACGGGUGCGUCUCGAGCGAGACCGUGCUGCCUUGCGGCUCGAAGCAGAUCAAGGCAACUGCGGAGCUGAAAUCCUGCCUCCAGACGCAGGACACGCUCAUCCUGGUGCAGGACCCGCCUUACGGCACCAUGCUCAUCGAUGGCGUCAACACGACCAUCGGCACGUCGAACGCGGACACCGGGCUGCCCAACGAGUGUAUCUCCCACGCCAACCUCUUCUCCGUCGCCGUCAUCAUUGUGAUUAUCUUCUCCGUCUUUGUGCAGAUGGCGGAGGGCCUCCACUUUGGCAUCGUGCCCUACGUCUCCCGCCCCGCGCUCGGCAUCGUUUCCGGCAUGGUGGGCGCUGGAGGCAACCUCGGCUCCGUCAUUGCGACCAACAUCUUCUUCAAGGGUGCCUUCCGGACGGACGUGGGCGUGGUCAACCUUGGCGGCAUGAUCAUCGGCAUCACGAUGCUGAUGUUCUUCAUCUCGUUCCCCGAGCACGGGUCGAUGCUCUUCAAGAAGGGGGUUCUCAAGUACGAUCCGCAGCUCGUCAAGCCGCCGGCCGACUACCGCGGCAGCGAUCAGAUGGACUAUGGCAAAGUGGCACUCAUGCAGGGCCACGAGGGCAAGUCCGCCAAGGUCGUGCCACAGGCCUGA